AUGACCGGCACGCAAUACGACGAGAGUGGCCAAUUCGCAGGCUACUUCACGCUCACGUUUCUAUUCCUGAUUCUGUUCCCGCUGUCUGUAUCCACGCUCUAUGGCUUUUUCCGCGAGAGCACUUCUCCCGGUGGCCUACACCUCCCAGCCUUCCCGUAUCCAGCGCAGCACCCAAAGCCCAAGUCUUCCAAACAGCCAAAAGCUACGUGGACGCGUCUUGCUGUGCUUGCUGUGGGCUGGGCUGCGUUCGCCUACAUAACCAUCAAGACCAGGGACAUCAAGUUGGAGUUUAGUGUGUAUGACCCAUUUGAAAUACUUGGUCUAGCCUCUGGGUCCACCCAGAAACAGAUCAGGAAGCACUACAAGAGGCUGUCACUGCAAUUCCACCCAGACAAAGUCAAACUCGCUGUCAACCAGACGUCGGAGGACGCUGACAACUACUUUGUCAGCCUCACAAAGGCUUACAAGGCGCUCACUGACGAUGUCGUCAAGCAGAAUCUCGAGCAGUUUGGCCAUCCCGACGGCAAGCAGGAGGUGGCUAUGGGCGUGGCUAUCCCGACGUGGGUCGUCGACUCACAGAACUCGCUCUGGGUGCUCGGUGUCUAUGGCAUUCUCUUCGGUCUCGGUCUGCCCUAUUUCGUCGGCAAGUGGUGGUUCGCCAGCCGCUCGCUGACCAAAGACCGCGUGCAGAACUCCACCGCAGCCAUAUUCUUCCGCAAGGUUGAUGAAAACGCUGACUUUUCCGACCUCCUCCAUCUUCUCGCUACGGCAGACGAGAUGGUUGGUGUGCUGCCCUCCACCCCCAUCGACAAGCAUACCGCCAAGAUGGUCAAGGGGACUGCGAAAGAGCAGCUUGACUAUGUCUUCCCAGCGACAGGUAUAUAUGCACGCCCACAAUCAGUUCGCGCGGCUGUCCUGCUGUUUGCGCAUGUGCUGCGUAUCGAAUUGCCAAGAAAACUGCAGUCUCAGCAACGCGCUAUUCUCCCGGUGGCUUUGCAUGUGCACAGGACGUUACUGGCUAUCUCACUCGCUCAUAAUUGGCUUCCAACCACACUCAAAAUGGCCCAGCUCUCAGGCCACCUCCUCACAGCAACUAAACCCGGCGAUAGCGUGUAUAAGGGUAUCUACAAUAUACCGGAAUCAUUGGCUGAGGAACUUGCAGAGAAAGCCCCCUUCACCGUCGCCAGAGCGUCGGAAAACGAACGUAGACAGUUGCUCCGAGUGGGCGAGAAGGAUGGUGUGCGCCAAGAGGACUAUCACGGUGUCAAUGAGGUUCUCGGUAGGCUACUCCACGUAGACAUCGCUGAUGCCAGUUUUGAAGUCGUCGACGAAGAGACAGUAACACCAGGUGCGAUAGUGCAGUUCAAGACCAAGGUGCGUCUCGUGCCUGCGCGUUUCCCACUCGGCGACGACGGUAGCAAGCCCGAGAGCGACGUGUUGGAGGAGGUAAAGGAUAGUAGAUUACACGCCGCGUACACACCACGCUUCCCGCAUGAACGCCCUAUCACCUACCUCGCUAUGCUGACAGAUGCCAAGACGGGGAGGAUCAUCGUGCAGCCGGGUCGCUUCACGAAUAUACCCGUGGUUCAGACUCCCAAAUUUAAGAAUGUGGCAAAGAGUCUCAACCUGCAAUUCCAAGCGCCACCUCAGCCGGGAGUUUACACAUUCAGGGCAGUCGUUUGCUCCGAAGUGCAGCCAGGGUGGGGAUUCCAGGCAGCGAGGACAAUGAGGCUGGUGGUAGAGAAGGGUGCGGCUAAGGAGAAGGAGGAGGAUGAUAUUAGCGAGCCUGAGGAAGACACAUUGGCGGGACAGAUGGCACAGCUUCGUGGGCAGUCGGUGAAAAAGGAAGAGAGUGGUAGUGAGAGUGAGAGUGAAGAGAGUGAUAAUGAAAACCAAGACAACGACUCAAGCGAUUCAGAUUAA